UCACCACACCAGACUCGCAGCUUCCGCACAGUUGCAGUCAUGAGUGAAUGACUGCCACUGUGAUGGUUCGGACCCACGCGUCCAGCUCUCCCCGGGGUUUUCAGGAUGGAGCAGGGCGACACUGUUGCACCCUCUCUGUACGGAGAGUUCACCGUCGCUGGGAGCCGAAAACUCCUCUGCGCUGUUUGUCUGACGGACCGGGACCUCAUCGUCCAGAGACUCAACUCGGCACCUGUCGCGCGCCACAGAGUGGUGUUCAGCUUGGAGGACUGUGUGGGCUGCCGGGCGUUCCGCCCGGGCACCGGCGCGGACCCGGCUGCCUACCUGGCUGCCUACUUUUACCCGCUGAGGCGCCGCUGGAUGUGCUCCAGAGUGUCGCGGCAGAGAGUGGAACAGUGUUUCCGGCUCUGCUCCCUUCAGGACCCCGAUGCCAACCUCGAGGAGGCGAAGAAGUGGGCUCGAGCUAUCCGGGAGAGAAGUGGGUGUCAACCGUGCGUGAGAGACGGAGUGCUGAUGAGCCAGCUGCCCCGUCCGUGUCGCAUGAUGCUGCUAGUGAAUCCGCAGAGCGGAAAAGGGCAGGCGCUCACUCUCUACAACAACCACAUACAGAGGAUGCUGAAUGAGGCAGGGGUCUCGCACACUCUGGUGAUCACCGAGCGGCAGAAUCACGCACGUGAGCUGGUGAGAGAAGCCGACCUGUCACAGUGGGACGCCCUGGUCAUAAUGUCAGGAGACGGACUUCUCUAUGAGGUGAUAAAUGGUUUGCUGGAGAGAUCAGACUGGGAGGAGGCCAUUGGCACCCCGCUGGGGAUUCUUCCUGGUGGCUCAGGCAACGCCUUGGCAGCGUCGCUGCAUCACUACUCAGGGGCGUCUCCGGUGUUCAGCAAGGAGCUCCUGGUCAGCUGUGGCUUCCUGCUGUGCAGAGGUCUGGUGUCCCGCAUGGACUUGGUCUCUGUCCAGCUGGGGUCGGGCGCCCGCCUCUUCUCCUUCCUGUCUCUGGCCUGGGGCAUCGUGGCUGAUGUGGACAUCGAGAGCGAGCGGUACCGCCACGUCGGGUCGGCCCGCUUCACCGUGGGGAUGCUGGUGCGGCUGGCGUCUCUGCGCGUCUACCGCGGGAAGCUGGCCUACCUGCCGGCCGAGAGGACUCGGUCGGGCCGGGCCUGCAGGGAGCGCUGCGCUCCUCCCGCUCAGUACAGUCUCCACAACUCCUGUCAGUCCAACAACUCCCUCCGAGCGAGGAGGCUGGAGGAGCGUCCACCCUCGCACCACCCCACCGCCGGACACGCCGACCUCCCGCAGCUGAGCGAGCCGCUCACCCCCGAUUGGGUGGUGGUCCCGGAGAAAGACUUUGUCCUGGUGCUGGCCAUGUGCCACUCACACCUGGCAGAGGACCUGCUGGCCGCACCCAGCGCCGCCAUGGACGACGGGCUGAUCCACCUGUCUUACAUCAGAGCGGGGAUCUCGCGCUCGGCGCUGCUGAAGCUCUUCCUGGCCAUGGAGAAGGGAGCGUAUCCGGACCCCAGCUGCCCGCACCUGGUUCACGCCACCGUCCGAGCCGUGCGGCUGGAGCCGCUCUCGCCUAAAGGGAUCAUCACGGUGGACGGGGAGGUGGUGGAGUACGGGCCGGUGCAGGCGCAGGUCCACCAGGGGAUGGCCAGACUCCUCACUGGCGGAGGCGCCAGAUAGUUUUGAGCCUUUCUGCAAGAGUGUGGACGCUCAGUUUGUUGGAGUCUCCUAGUCAAACCAAGGUCUGAAGCACUGGGACAGAACCAACCUGGUUAUUUAUUGAGUUCUUCACUUCAUUUUAUACCGACUGUUUGGGAAGAAGCGGCAAAGCUUUUGCGACUGUUGUGAAGACGAGGCGCUCUCGCGUGACGUGCCUUGAUCGUGGAAGUGCAUUAUCCGUUUCUACGCGUUUCACCUCUGAUGUGCUUCCAGAGCGUGAUCAGGUCCGAGGAGGGAGUCAAGAUUCUGUGUCCAUAAUGUUGCUGCGGGUCAGUGAGAUAGUUGUAACAGAGUCUGCACCUGCUGGUUUUGUGAAACACUGGAGAGAAAUCUAUUUUUCCAUCCGACAAAUGUCUGUGAUUUUUAUGAUGAAGAUGAUAAUAAAGAAUGAGAGUCAGUUUAAGGCUUUUCUCUUUCAAUUGCCUGUGCGCAUCUCUUGCUGAGGGAGGAGAGACGACAGUCAGUUUGAGUUACAGGAUGCAACUGCUGAAAACAAUCUGAUCUCACGGUUCCUCGUGGAUGAAUGAAUCUUUGUGCCUCAUUCACAUUGUUAUCAUAAUGUGAAAAUCUAAGUGACACGUGUUCACAUGAUUUAAAGAUAUGGAAUAAUACAUUACGAAUGCAAAGACAAAUUAUAUUACUGUAUACACCAGGUCAUCACGUCAGUGUCAGCUCAGUCCAAGUCGGUGGCCUGCAGGGAUCAUUAAUGUCCAGCAGGUGUCAGUAUUCAGUGACACAGUGUGUCAUUGUGUCGAAACGCUUUAUGACGCCUCAUUUACCCGUCACUAGCUUCCUUCAACAUUGACACUGCAUUCAUUGGGCGAUGAGCCAGGGUUAGAGGAUGAAC